AUGAUGGAUGAUAUCAUCGUUUGGGGUUCAACUCGCGAAGAGCAUGACCAGAAUCUCCGACAAGUACUAGAGAUAGCAGAGCGUAAUAAUCUCAAACUGAACCGAGAAAAGUGCGAGUUUGGGGUGAGAAAAUUGACCUUCAUUGGAGAUGUCAUCAGCGACCAAGGAGUCUUGCCUGAUCCCAAAAAGGUCUCUGCUAUCCUCAACAUGCAGAAACCCCAAAAUAAGAAUGAUGUACAAAGAUUCAUGGGGAUGAUCAACUACAUGGGCAAAUUCAUUCCAGAUCUAUCUACCAAGUCAGCACCACUACGCAGCUUGCUUGACCAGAAGAAUCAAUGGAUGUGGCUUGAAGCACAGGAAAAGGCGUGGCAAGAACUGAAAGUUAUACUGACAACAGCGCCAGUGCUCAGGUUCUAUAACCCCAAAAAGCCCAUCAAGCUAUCAGCUGAUGCAUCAAAGAAUGGGCUCGGUGCAGUUCUACUACAACAGUAUGAUAAUGAAUGGGCACCAGUGGCGUAUGCAUCCAGAGCCAUGACAGCGGCCGAGACAAGAUACGCCCAAAUUGAAAAGGAACUGUUGGCCAUAACCUAUGCAUGUGAACGCUUUCACCAGUACAUCUACGGACAACAAAUAGAAGUGGAAACUGACCAUAAACCACUCAUUCCGUUGUUCACUAAACCACUGUGUGAUUGUCCAUUAAGAGUACAACGCAUGCUCAUCAGAGUACAACGCUAUGACUUGAAAGUGUCUUACACACCGGGUAAAUACAUGUAUACCGCUGACACACUUUCAAGGGCAGUCGAUCCUCAUGCAGAUAAAGACAGCUCCAAAGAGGAUGACAUUCAAGCCUAUGUCAAUACUAUAUUGACCAACAUGCCAGUGUCCUCUAACAGGAAGAAAGAAAUCGCCCUGGAGACAAAACGCGAUGAAACCCUCAAGACACUGAGCACAAUCAUCAAUGAAGGUUGGCCCGAGGUGAAGAGCAAAUGUCCAGUUGCAAUCAGCGAUUACUGGAACGCACGUGAUGAACUUUCACAAGCAGACGACAUGUUGUUCAAGGGAACUAAAAUAAUCAUCCCAACAUCAAUGCGCCGAAACAUGCUUGAGAAAAUCCAUGAAGGUCACCUCGGCAUUGAGAAAUGUAAACGUAGAGCCAGAGAAGUGAUGUAUUGGCCUCGCAUCAACCAAGAUGUAGCUGACAUGGUAAAAAAUUGCAACUCAUGUCAAACAUACCAGCCAAAGCAGACGGCAGAAACACUCCAGCCGCACCCUACUCCCGACCGCCCAUGGCAAAAGGUAGGAGCAGAUUUGUUCACACUCAACAGUAAGAACUAUAUAGUCAUUGUAGACUACUUCUCACAAUUUGUAGAAAUUUGCACAUUGACAAGCACAACCAGCGGCACAGUGAUUAACAACUUGAAGUCUGUGUUUUCGCGACAGGGAACUCCACAUGAAAUGUUCACCGACAAUGGACCCCAGUUUUCCAGUGCUGAAUUCAAACGCUUUUCAGCAGAUUGGGACUUCACACACACCACAUCGAGUCCCCACUAUCCUCAGUCAAAUGGAUUGGUGGAAAAUGCUGUGAAAAUUGUCAAGAACAUGAUCCGCAAAACAGUUAACAGUGGCCAAGACAUCUAUAGAGCUUUGCAGAUUUAUCGCAGUACACCACUUGAGUGCGGGAAAUCCCCAGCAGAGCUGCUGUACAACAGAAGAAUUCGUUCCAAUCUUCCCAUGGUGGACAGCUUGCUUGGUUUUAAACAUCUGGACAGUAAAGCAUUCAAGCAAAGAAAGGACGCACAAAAGGAAAAACAAAAGGGUGGAUCCCGUGACCUUCCUCUACUUCAAGUAGGAGAUACCGUGAGGCUGCUGGAUACGACUAAGAAUAUGUGGUCUCAGGGCGGAGUAGUUACAGCCGCAUUGCCAAACCGUUCAUAUCAAGUAGAUACAGGCAAUGGCACGAGACGUCGUAAUAGGCGGCACUUGAGAGUUGCUUCACAACCGCCACAGCAGUGUGACUUCAUCGAGCCAUCAUCCAAAGAACAGGAUUUCGAAACAACCACGACCGCAACAGCAGUUGAGCCGAACAACAACGACAUCACUCAACCAACAGCUACUAUGACCAGGAGCGGACGAGUUGUUAAGCCACCGAUAAGACUUGAUCUAUAA